AUGAUCAAUGUUACCCACUACCAGGCAGAGACUCUCACAGGGGCCGUAAUCCAGCGUGCCGACCUGGAGGAGGUGCAGUCAACUGAGCACAACCUCUCGCAUACCGGUCAGCAUCCUCACCUACACAUCCAGCCGUCUGGUUAUUUGCAGCUCUUCCACGAAUGGUUUCUGGAAGUUCAUGGAUACGCCAGCAUCGUUGUUUGUUUGUUUGGAAUCUUUACCAACAUCUUCAAUAUCACAGUACUCAUGGCCAAGGAUAUGCGCACAGCUACCAACCAUUUGUUGACCUUUCUGGCAGUUGCCGACAUUCUAACGAUGGUUCCUUACAUUCCCUAUGCUAUCAACUUCUACUGCCCGGCCACAAGCCCAGUGGAGUCGCCAUGGAAGUAUUCCUACGGCUGGAUUCUCUACAUUCUCAUAAUGGUGCAUUUUCUGGCAACAACCCACAUCAUCUCUAUCUGGUUAGCCGUGACGCUGGCCGCCUUUCGCUUCACACAAAUCCGCUCGCCUUGCCCUCGGGGACCUCUGGCGAAAGAGCGCCGGAUACGACAAGUGAAGAUCGCUACCGCAAUUGUCUAUUUAACAUCCAUUCUGGUGAUGAUACCCAAUUAUGUGUCUAACGAGAUAGAGCGGAAUCUGGUACCGAACAUCAACGCCUCAACUUUUGGAAUCAAGGAAAUGAAGAUAGGAACGCCUCAAGCGGAACUGGUUGUCUUUACCAACAUGUUGACGUACGCUGUGUUGGGGAAACUCCUGCCCUGUGUUCUGAUCUUGAUCUUCAGCGGCUCCCUUCUUUACAACAUGGGCAUAAAGACAACUCGAAGGCGCCAGAGACUAGCCUCGUCCUCCCAACACAUCAAGACAACCAGGAUGUUGCUGGCCGUACUUGUCAUGUUCCUCUUUACCGAGCUUCCACAAGGAACAUUUAUUAUCCUGAGUGCUACCGUGCCUGGCUUUUACGACGAAAUCAAUUAUCCCUUGGGUGAUUUGAUGGACUUCGUUGCCUUGUUAAAUAACGCCAUCAACUUUGUCCUGUACUGUGUCAUGAGCCAGCAAUUCCGGGAAAAGUUCUUCAAUAUUUACAUCAAACCUCUGUGUGAGAGGCGGCGGAGUUUGAUCACCUCCACCUCCGAGCUGCUCAUCCUCAGAGAGCACGUGCCUCGCACGGUCACAACCACAACUCACGAGGAGAACAUCAAAGUAUGA